CGUAAAGUUGUGUUGACAGAAGCGGUAGGAGUUGUCAGCUGAAUAUUAGCCAACAUCAUUUCAAGCGAAUGGAGUAAUUACGAAUAAACGUUUCCGUUAUUCUUUUCAAAUAUCGUUAGAAUUACGGCACGAUGACAGACGACCUCUCUUCUCAAACCUGGUCAAUCGACAGAGAUGACUAUGAACUCAAUGAGGUCAUAGGAAGUGGAGCCACUGCAGUUGUCCAGGCAGCGUUCUGCAAACCAAGAAAGGAGAAGGUGGCCAUUAAACGCAUCAACCUGGAAAAGUGUCAAACUAGCAUGGAUGAGCUCCUGAAAGAGAUCCAGGCUAUGAGCCAGUGCCACCAUCCAAACAUUGUGUCUUAUUAUACUUCCUUUGUGGUAAAAGAUGAACUGUGGCUUGUGAUGAAGCUUCUCAGUGGUGGCUCAGUGUUGGACAUCAUCAAGCAUAUCAUUUCUCGUGGUGAACACAAGACAGGAGUUCUUGAUGAGGCUAGUAUCGCCACUAUCUUAAAAGAAGUGUUGGAGGGGCUGGAGUACCUUCACAAAAAUGGGCAGAUCCAUCGAGACCUAAAGGCUGGAAACAUUUUGCUUGGGGAUGAUGGCUCAGUGCAGAUUGCAGACUUUGGUGUGAGUGCCUUUCUAGCAACAGGAGGAGACAUGACAAGGAACAAGGUGCGGAAGACUUUCGUGGGGACUCCAUGCUGGAUGGCCCCAGAGGUUAUGGAACAGGUGCGUGGCUACGACUUCAAAGCAGAUAUCUGGAGUUUUGGGAUAACAGCCAUUGAACUAGCCACUGGGGCUGCACCAUAUCACAAAUACCCGCCUAUGAAGGUGCUGAUGCUGACGCUGCAGAAUGACCCUCCCUGUCUGGAGACAGGCAUCACAGAUAAAGAAAUAGUGAAGAAGUAUGGCAAGUCAUUCAGAAAGAUGAUCUCUCUGUGUUUACAGAAAGAUCCUGAAAAGCGGCCAACUGCUGCUGAGUUGCUGAAGCACAAAUUCUUUACCAAAGCCAAGAACAAUGAGUACUUGCAAGAGAGGCUACUGCAGAAAGGUCCAACAAUAACAGAGCGAUCAAAAAAGGUACGUCGAGUGCCUGGCUCGAGUGGCCGUCUUCACAAGACAGAGGAUGGUGGCUGGGAGUGGAGUGAUGAUGAGCUGGAUGAGGAGAGUGAGGAAGGCAAAGCUGCUGUGGCAGCUCUACGGUCACCCAGAGUGAAAGAUGGGUCCCAAAAUAUAGAGCUUUUCCCAUCAGCAGAUGGUGCCACAGGACAUUUGCAACCGUUUGGUUCAGCACAUGAGAGAUCUGCCAAUGUGAGCUAUACAGGAGAGGAUGUUGUACCUCAGGCUCCCAGUCAAACAGAUCUAGCUGCUGCCAAUUCCAGUGUUCCCAUUAGCCUCGUUCUGAGAUUGAGGAAUCCCAAGAAGGAACUCAAUGACAUCCGAUUUGAGUUCAUGCCAGGCAGAGACUCAGCUGAUGGCGUUUCCCAGGAGUUGGUUUCAGCAGGUCUGGUGGAUGGGAGAGACUUGGUCAUUGUUGCAGCCAAUUUGCAGAAGAUUGUUGAUGAUCCUCAUGGUAACAAAAAUCUGACCUUUAGAUUGGCAUCUGGUGUGGAGGAGUCUGAAAUUCCAGAUGAUGUUAAACUUGUCGGAUUUGCACAGCUCAGCAUCAGUUAAGUCAAAUACAGCCAGCAACAUAGACAUAAGCAAAUGGUAUUUCACAGCUGCAUUUUAAUAGAUUGCAAGAAACCACUACUGCCAAAGAGGGGGAAAAAUUAGGAGGAUCAUCAUGAUGAGAAAAGAUCAAGGAGUAGUAAUAAACACAGACCUGGCAGAGGUGUGACAAAUUUGCAGAAUGCAUAAUGACCCCAAUGAGAUGUAACUUAUCACAGGAAUCACACUUAUUUACACUGUUGGUGGUGUGCCUAUUCAGUGAAUGGGAGAAGAGAUGCAAUCAUAUAUAUUAACUAUUCAUUUCCUUUUACUUAGUUUUGUUCCUUGUCAUACAGUACAUAAGCACAAUCUACCCCACCCUCCUUUUUACUGCCACAAAACGGAUUUUAGUGUAAUGCCAUCUUUGUCCAGCAUUUAGUGCUACACAGACUGUAAGGGGAAUACAGUUAGCCUUGUCUCUGGGGAAAAGUCUGGUAUUUUUUGUACGAGAUCUGAAGAAAAACCCUUAACAUUUCUUAUGUUGUAUAAAACAUAUGUAAAAACUCUAAUGACACAUCCAAGUUUUAUUUUAAUUAUAAGGUUUCUGUAUAUGAAUGCCUAAGGCAGAAUUAUUUUGGAGAUUUUCUAAUCUAUUACAGGCUAAUAUUUUCUGACAUUUGCCUAAUGUUCUUGUACUAUGCAAUAUUGAUUUUCUUUUUAACCACACGUGACUACUGAUCACAAACAAAGCAAUUCCUGAAUUAAUAAAAAUUGUUUUUGUAUGUUUGCCAAAAUAGUUUGAGAGAACAAAAGUUCAUAAACAGUCAACCAGCUGAAAGAGGUUUGUCAGUAAAUUGCUUUAACGGGGUAAUUUGUUGUUUACAACAGUCAAUAUAACAGUUAAGAAUCCAGAAUCAUAGCAUUCCCCAUGCUCAAAAACUGAAUGUUUUACCUCCCAUUGGCACUUAGAUCUUGGCAUUGGGUAAUGAAUUUUGUCAAAAGAUUUGUGACUUUUGCCUCUGAGGUUUCUGUUUCUAAUAUCCUCAAAUUCUUAAUUGGAGAAACCAUAUUUUGAGGUGAGCAGUUUGUUCAGGAGCGUAUCAGUUCUAAUAAAAGUAUGUGACUGUGGCUCUUUAAAAUGAAGACUAUGUGGAAAUAACUUUUUAUUCAAGCUGCUACAUAUCCUGGUAAUGGCCAGUAAUACCUGAAACGAUCCUAUAAAUGCCAAGUCAUAAGAUGAGGAGAGGAGAAUGAGUGCCAAGAUUUUAUAUUACCAUUUGUUUUUUAUGACAAGGUAUAUACAUAACUGCAUUUACAUUCCUGUCAGCUUCAGUUGUACUUUUUGUUGAUUAGCUGAUGUUAAGUCACAAAGGAUGAGCUUGUUAAUACUAUUGUUGUAAACAUGUUAGCAUGCAUGCCUCGCAAAACCUGCAAGAACAGCUGUAGCAUCGGGUUUCAGUAGUGAGAUCCCCAGAAACAUGAACAUGUCUUUUGUAUUGAUGGCUGCAGAAAUCUUGACAAAGCCUCUCAAAGUCUCACCCAGUCAUGAAUGCUGAUGCUUUAUUUGCUGCUAUUUUAAACUGCUCUAGAAGGCCCUUCAUUAGACACUAGUAAAUAUGGUCUGACAGAAAUGUAGUCUUCCUUAAUUUAUAAACACUUACUAAACAUUCAUCUGAUUAUUCCCAUUGUAGCUGUAUGGUCGUGUAAUGCUACCUGCAGGGGGCUGUGAAAUAGAUCCUAGUUCAGGUCUUCUAUAAAUGGUACAUGUAAAGAUGUAAUUGUAUGAUGGUAAUUCCAUGCGUUGUCACAACAACGUAUUGAGGUUUGUAUGUAAUCGCGUGGAUACAUUGACUUUGUAAGUAAAACAUUUCUUUAACAUGAACAUUUAAACAAAUAGACUGAGAAGCAUCAUGUUCAAAGAAUACAAUUCUGUUUGUUUAGUGUUUCCACCAUUGGCCUUUGUGAGAGCAUCUUAAAAGAUCACAUUUGUUCAAUUGAAACUAUGCUGAUAUAUACGCCUAUAUUUUUGAAAUUACACAGGCCCGUUAUUGUCCUAUGGUUUAAUGAUAUGCAGUAUUUGUUUUUCAAAGAGAACUGUCCAGGGUUAAUUGAUAAAAUUGUAUUGAUGGUACAGGUAACAUUUUGCUCUAUUUAUGUCAAAGUCUGUAAUUAUGAUGAUUAUAAAAUACUAAGGUCCAAGUUACUCAGCUUUUAAAUUUGUUUUCUUCUUUACUGUUUAAUAUUAUCAUUCAUCCUCAUUUUAUUAGGCACUGAAGAAUUUGUGGUAAUUUAAUUAGCUUUUUAACAUAUGUUUAAUGUGCUUAAUCAAACAAUGUAUACAUCUACAAUUGCACAAUUUGAAUUAUUUAUUACAAUUUUAGUAUUUGUGAUAGGAUUCCUUGACAAAAUGAAUUCAAAUGUCAGGAAAUACAAUAUGAUUUUUAGUAGCUGAAUAAAGUGACAUGAGGAAAUGCAGUGAGUGACACUUAUUCAAAAUCUCAUAAUCUUAUACCAUAAUGCCCUUGAAUUUUAAACUGAAAACAGUUUAAUUACAAUUGCUGUAAUUAAUUUCUCACCAACUGCUGAAAAUUAUUUAAUGGUUAUAAAAAUUACCAUUAAAUUGUUGUAAGUUCAAUAGCUGAAAGAAUGUUUUAAAGUUGUGGAAACAGCUCAAAGUCUUGUGUGAGGAAGUGUGUGCUUAAAUGCUAAAUUGUAAAAUAGUCUCAUUAACUAGUCACAAUUACUCAUUAAAAGCAAAAAUAGUCCUAUUAAAUGUAAAAAUUUGGACUGGUACUCAAGCACGUUAAAUCUAGAAUGGGAGGCAGAUCCUUUAGCUACCAAGCUCCUCUCCUGUGGACCUAGCUCCCUGUUCAGGUUCAAGAAGCUGACACAAUCUCCACCGUUAAGAUCAGGCUUAAACCUUCCUUUUUGAUAUAGCUGAUAGAGAUGGUUCAGGUCACUGGCAAUGAUUGUUAGUCACAGGAACCAUCUCUUAGUUAUCCCUAUGCACCCCAUGCCCUAUUUUCUGCCAUUGUAGGGUGUGGGUGGGGGGAGGGGGGUAUACAGCAUAUAUCUAUUCAAUUCAUUUCAAUUCAAUUAAAUUGUAUUUAUAUAACGCCAAAUCACAACAAAGUUAUCUCAAGGCACUUUACAAGGUAAUGUUCAAGACCUUAAACAACUAAACCCAACAAAUCCCGCAUACAGCAAGCCUUUAAUUGUAAAGUUGUACAAUUUAACAGCAUCAGUGGAGAGGAAAAAAUCCCUCUCUAACGAGAAAGAAACCUCCUGCAGAACCAGGCUGAAUGUGGGUGGACAACUGCCUUGAACGAUUGGGUGAGGAAAAGAGAAAAGCACAGCAACAACAAACAAGUAACAACAGAGCAGGCAGGAUGGUUGGACCAGGGACUGGAUACAAGAAAGAGACAAGGUUAGUUAAACAUGGAACAAUGAUAAAAGGUUAUUGGAUAGAAGGAAACAGAGGAGCGGAGCUCAGUGUAUAAAUUAAGUCCCCCAGCAGUCUAUGUCUAUUGCAGCUUAACUAAAAAAUGGUUCCUGUGACUAACAAUCAUUGCUAGUGACCUGAACCAUCUCUUAACUAUAAGCUUUAUCAAAAAGGAAGGUUUUAAGCCUGAUCUUAAAGGUGGAGAGUGUGUCAGCUUCUCAAACCUGAACAAGGAGCUUGUUCCACAGGAGAAGAGAUUAGUAGCUAAAGGCUCUGCCUCCCGUUCUACAUUUAAAGACUCUAGAAACCACAAGUAGCCCAAUGCUCUGAGAACAAAGUGUUCUGCUGGGAGCAUAAGGAACUAUGAGGUCUUAAAGAUAAGGAAGAGUUUAUCAUUAAGUGCUUUGUAAGUAAGUAGGAGAAUUAUAAAUACUAUCCUACAUUUUACAGGCAGCCAGGGCAGAGAAGCUGAUGUAGGAGAAAUGUGAUCUCUCUUUCUAAGUCCCAUCAGACCUCUGGCUGGAGCAUUGUUAAGGAGCUGUUAGGACAUCCCAUGAGUAAGCAGUUACAGUAGUCCAGCCUGGAGGUAACAAAUGCAUGUAUCAGUUUCUCUGCAUCACUCUGAGACAAUGAUGCUUCUAGCUAUUAUUCUAAGAUUUACAGUGGAAUCUGAAUCUAAUGUUAUGUCAUCCAUAGUAACUAUCUGACUUAACAGUGUCUCUCUGAUUUUUAGGGCCAAUAAUAAGAACCUCUGUUUUAUCUGAAUUUAGUUGAAGGAAGUUUUGGGACAUCCAGGAUUUGAUGUCUUUUGAACAAGUUUGGAACCAAAUUAAACAAAUCAACUAGUCGAAAUUCAAAGACUUAUAUAUCUAAGUAUCAUCUGCAUAAAAAUGAAAAUUAAUAGAAUGCUUCCUAAUGAUAUCACCUAGAGGAGACAUGGCUGAACAGACUUGGACCAAGCACAGAGCCCUGCGUUACUGCAUAGCUAAUCUUUGUGCAGGUGGGGGAUUUGUCAUUAACAUGGACAAACUGGAAUCUGUUCAACAAAUAGGAUUUAAACCAUCCCAGUGCUGUUCUUUUAAUUCUGAUGCUAUGUUCUAGUCUCUGUAAUAGAAUGUUGUAAUCAGUUGUAUUAAAUGCAGCAUUAAGAUCUAACAGGACAAGGACAGAGACCAGACCAUUAUCUGAAGCCAAGAGAGAAUCAUUAGUGACUCUAACCAGAGUCAUUUAGGCCUGUCAUCCAACUGGUUCACGCCAACGCAAAGCUUCCUGAAGCUUUAUUUGCUCUAGUAGGACAUCUACUGGAUGCAAUGAUAUCAGUUGGCAUUUGAAGCGUGUGGCGUUUUGCAGAAAGCCUGUGAAUUGAACUGUCAGCAAAAUAAAGAAGUAUGCAAAACAUGUA